UAAAAUGCCAAUUGUAAGAAAAGUGUAACUGAAAACGCAAUUAUACAUCUGAUAUGUCCUAAAUUUAUCAAUCUGUAUAAUUCGAUCUAUUUCGUUUUCAUUAAUUAACUUUUGGAAAAUCAUGAACUUUUGGAAAAAGAAAAACAAGGACAAGAAAAAGGUUGUGUAUGACAACUUUGAGGAAACGUAUGACGAAAGAUACUGUCAGCCUUCAAAUGCAUAUUAUGAACCCACGCCGUUUGGGGGAGGACGAAGACAUAAUUCCGAGGUGGAGGUACCGGAAUAUCAAAAGCUUGUUGAUAUUUACAGAAACGACAUUCGACUCCGUUUGAUUCCGAAACAAAUUCUUCACUUGCUGUUCUUGAUGGAUGACACUGAUAAAGAUGCGAUAAAAAGACUAGGAGAAAGUGGUCCAGCUCCUGCGACAGACCUGCUUUUGGACUGUAUUAGAUCAUCCCCUGAUCAAGGCAAAUGGCGAGAGUUCAUCAACGCUCUUGAGAAAACCAAAUACAUUUGUCUGGUAAAGAAAAUAAGACGCCAAAAGGUCAAGGAUGACACCGAUGAGAGGGAAUACAUAAGAAUAAUGAUGCCACAGCUUCGAAAUUUGAUUAACCCCCGAGAAAUUAUGGCACAUCUCUUGUACCACGACAUAAUAAUAUCAGACGACAAAGAGGAAAUAGAAUGCGUGAUGUCGAACAGUGGAUCUAUUGAAGCCUCUGAGUUAUUAUUAGAAAGAGUUUCAGGGAAACACCCGAACUGGUAUCCAAUAUUAACAAGAGAACUUAUACAACAUGGACACCAAAGUGCUGGCAACAUAUUACUGGAAGGCAUUUGCCGAGAAAACACAUUGAAGGAGAAUCCUUCUAUGAUGACUCCUGGGACUCGCUCAAAAUCAGACUCCCAGCUAAUGCAGCCGAAGUACCAAUCUGUGGCUGCUGCAACUGGAAUUGAAAUACAAUAUCCAGCAUAUUCAGGCAGAAAUUAUGCCUUCAAUAAAUUGCCUAUACAUUUCGAUGAAGACGAGGACGAGGUAUACAUGGAUAUCGAUGAAGCUGAACUCGAUAGACUAGAGGCGAACAGACAUUCUCCUAAACGUGAGCGAAAAGUUCGCACAGUAGACUUCAGUUAUUUAACACCAAAACAUUCGAGGAAAACGUAUAAUGAGGUGAAAGCAGUACAUUUCACUGGCCCAGAAGAAGACGACAAAUCGUCUAUUUAUACCAUUCCACCGCCAGAUUACGACGACGAAGAACCUGUGCAGCCGCCAUCGCCUCCAUCUCGUUUACCAAUCAGGACAAGGCCGGAUCUGGUUUCCCCUACGUUUCCAGAUGGAGAAGGGUUCGAUUAUGUGCAAGCUGUUAGGGAGUUCGACCCGAAAUAUAGCGGCCAGCACUCCCUCAAAGUCGGAGAAGUGUAUCGCAUAAAAAGUCCUCGCAUGGAUGGACUUUGUGACGAUUAUUAUCGUUCGGUAGAGGGCAAAUUGAUUCCAAAAGGCUAUGUGGAAAUCUUUCAAAAGGAACCGAAACCGAGGCCGAACAAGAGUACGCCAUCUGCUCAUCUCGAAAGUCAAUCACAAGAAACCGACACUGGCGAAACCGACCGUGACCUACUGAUGAAGAUAUUGAAAUCCCAAGAGGAUCUGAAUAUGAAACUAGCUGAACAUCAAAAAAUAUUGAACAAUGUGUGUGAAACACCUAUUUACCAAGCGUAUUACAAUUCAAAACAGACCGGCCCAGUCGUUACUAGCCCAGAUGACAAUGGAGAGGAAUCUGAUCAUUAUGUCGAAGCUGACGCAGAUGGAAAUUAGACACAGCAAGACAAUGGCUUCAAACUGUGAGGUGGACAUUUAAAAUGUAAAACUCGCUUAUUGAUUUUUGCUAUAUUUGUAAAUACAUAAUUUUGUCAUAAAUUACUCCUUAUUCAAUAAACAAAGCACAAGACAAAAAAGAAUAUCCAGGAAACAUUGAUGGUUUAACACAACAAGAGUAUCGAAUACAUUAUUUACGUCCACAAGAAAGUAUUUGUGUACCCAUUAUAGUUUUUUUUUUAAUUUGUUCAACUUCGAUUAAACUUAUAUUGUUCUGGUUGCAAUUAUAAAUGAAUUUCGGGGCAAGUGGGGGGCUGAGAACUCAUAAAC